GGUAUUAAUAAUUUGAAGACAAACGCACCAGUCAGCAUGUGCAACCUUGAGAAGAUAUUUCCUCCAUCAUUCUUUGAUGUAAUGGAACAUCUUGCUAUUCAUCUCGCAAGAGAAUUGGAACUUGGUGGUCCUGUGCAGUACAGAUGGAUGUAUAUUUUUGAGCGUUAUAUGCAUCAUCUGAAGAAGAUGGUCAAAAAUCAAAGCAGGGUGGAAGGAUCUAUAGUGGCACAGGUGAUCAAUGAAGAAACUGCAAUCUUUGCUGAAAAUUAUUUUCCACCAGAAGUGCAAACAAAACACCGAAGACCUGCUCGGCAUGAUGAUAGAGGGGAGAGAGCAACAUAUCAUGUUACUGUCCCAAGCAUGUUCAAGGAAAUAGGACGACUUAGUGGAAAAUUCACGAAGCGGAGACUUACGGACACUGAGAACGCUCAUUUACAAACAUAUUUGCUCACCAACUGUGAAGAUGUUCUACAAUAUGAGAGUGUAUAUAUGGCGGAGUUGCGUAUGACUCACAGGCAUGCAACAGAAGAUGAGCUUCGACAACUUAGAGAUAACGGAUUUGCUGCGUGGCUUCGUAGUUAUGUGAAUGAUGGUUUGGCCAGAGGUCUUGUGUUCGAUGAUUGGGUACGCGAAUUUGUGCAGGGACCAAACUAUGUGGUCAAAUCAUAUCCUAAAUUUUGUACGCGAGGAUAUGCAUUCACAAAGAAAGGUCAUUCUAAGACAACAUAUGAUGCUGGUGUUUCAUCUUCUUCUGGUGACGAUGUCUACUACGGCAACAUAAAAGAAAUAUUGGAAAUCCAAUUUCCUGGAAUGGUUGGAUUGCGUUGUGUAGUAUUCUAUUGUGAUUGGUAUGACACCACCCCAGAUAGAGGAGUGAAGAUUGAUGCGUUUGGUGUUACAUCAGUUCAUUCGCGGCGGAAACUUCAAUAUUAUGAUCCCUUCAUUCUUGGUUCGCAAGCUGAUCAGGUGUGCUACAUCAGUUACCCUCGGGUGACGUACAGAGACGAUCCAUGGGUUACUGUAACGCAAAUCAACCCAAGAGGACGAGUGGAUGGAACUUCUGAUGAUGAUGAACCAUUGCAACCAGAGUCUACCAGCAACGCCCAGGCAGUUGAAGAUUUGGAAAAUGUUCAACUCGUUGAGAAUUUGACUGUGUUUGGACAUGAUGCUGUCGUACAUUCAGAGCCGGAAGCCGAGGUUGGGGAGUUUGAUGAAGAUUCAGAAGAUUCUGAUUAGUUUUUUUUUUUUAUUAUUGGUCCGUCGGAAAUCCCUCGCAAUAUACCGACGACAUAGCGACGACAACGGGUUUCAUUGAAAAUUGGAAAGGUCGUCGGUAUUUCGUCGGAAAAUACCGACGACAUGUUUUUCUAUAAAGUUUCAAUCAUAAAAAUCUAUAAAUUUAGA